CGUGUUCCGGCGUGUUGCGUAGGACCGAAGCUGUGGGUGGGGGAUACGCAAAGGUGGAAAUCGAACAAAAUUUGACUUGAGACUAAAAUAAACAGGCAACUCAAUAUAAUUUCAGAUGAAAAUGUCUGAAUUAACGGCGCCUACAUCAUUGGGGAAGGUGCCUGCUGAUCAGGCUGAGGGGAGGAAGCCUUUGAAACCAUGCUGUGCGUGUCCUGAGACCAAGAAAGUCCGGGAUGCCUGUAUAAUUGAGAAAGGGGAGGAGAACUGCAAAGACCUGAUUGAAGCUCAUAAAGAGUGUAUGAGAGCACUGGGAUUUAAGAUUUGAUGAGGCACUGUCUUUGGAAGAGUGCAGUUUUGUGUCUUGGAUUAAAUUAAUGUAUGCUGUGCUGCCUGAAGUUGAAUGAAGAUGAGUUGUAUGUGGAUAUAUUGCUACAGAAAAUAACUCAUCAAAAGCCGGAGCUAAAUACUCGACUUCCUUGAGAUAUAUUAAAAAUCUAUUAGAUUAACAAAAUUGUUUCUGCCAUUUCUUGUCCACAGUUAUUUAAAUCAGAUAUAUUUAAAUUUGUUUGAUUUAUCCUUAAAUAAAAGUUUGAAAAUUCCAUUUUGAUCCUAUUUCAUUUUGUGUAGGAUUGGCAAAACUGCUAUUCACCAUUGUACUGUGUUUUCAAGUUGCCCACUAAAUCAGUGUCCUAAGCUUGUAUUACAAAGUUCAAUGGCUGUACAGACUUUAUCUGUAUAUUGUAGUACAGAAACUGGUAAUGGAUAUUAAUAAGUUAGAUAUUUACACUGCAGGAGAGAAAUUUCAAUGUAUUUGCUACAUUAUUAAGAAAACACACAGCUUCUGAAACCCACUGCAUUAAAAGGUUUAAGCCUUCCUUUCCUUGCCUUGAAAUGUUAUCGUUGCUAUGGAUUCUGCCUGCUAUUCCAUUAGUUACACAUCAAGUGUGUACUUUUUAAUAGAAUAGAGCAAGAUA